UCGUCCGUCGUGACGAGGAGGUCCCCUGCACGGCGACAAGAUCGACCGAAUCCGUGCUCUAUCCUGGCCACUAAUUGGCUUGAUUGAUCGCAGCCCUGUUGCCAAGUCUGCCCUGGGGCCCUCCCUGGUUACGGUGCAAACCGCGGCUGGGAUAACGUUACGUGCGUGCAGUGGCAGUGGAAGAAAGGGGAUGGAAGGGGGGUUUCAAGGCGGUCCUUCGUGAUAAGGAGCCAAACCCUGCCCCUCGAAGCUGUCGGCUGAACAAACUCAAACUCGGUCCGCCUUCUCGACUUGCCCUGCCAGAGUCAAGGUUCCGCAGCCCACCAUGGGUACGACACCACCGGACGAACCGAAUUUUGUAGGAUAUGUCGCAUCGUCGGAUCGUGACCCAUUGCAUGAUACACUUUUCAGAUGCGACGCCGACAGGACCCGCACCGUGUCUGGCGGCUAUGGAACUUGCUGCGCUGUUAGUACGGAGUGCGGGAUUCCGACGGCCUGUCUCGCUGGUACCAAGUUUUAUGAGGGAAGUAGAAGAAGUUGUGCAAGUGACAGCUCUUGCGCAACCAUUACAAUCCUCUCCCGUUCGGUGUCGCCCCCGGACACCAGCGGCAUGAUAAUCGACUACGUUUGCGAGCCCACUUCCACCGAGUGGAAAUAUUCAACCUUAUAUCUCGAGAAUCCAGUUCCCGAGACUAGCGGGUCAGCCACGCUCCCAGCCUCCACUGGAGCGACAGGCGACUCUAGCUCAUCCAGCAACGCGUGGAUCGCCGGCGCGAUUAUUGGGCCCGUUGUUGCUUUGGCGUUGGUCGUGGUAGGCGUCAUCUUGCUGUGGAAAAGAAAGAAACGGGCCAGCCAGGGGCAGCAACAGCAGCCUCCAAAUCAAGGCGUGCCGGGAAAGCCAGAACUGGAAGGGAGUCAAGGGAACACCGUCACGGGCGCCUUUGGUGCGCCAUGGCAGAAAGCUGAGCUCGGGGGUGGCCAGCCUCGCGUUCCAGGACUCAACGACCGGAAUAGGCCAGCGGCGAAUACAGCGGAGCUGCGAGGGAGCGAAGCCCACCAGCCAUCAGAACUUAGUCCGGAUGCUGUGCCAAUGACGACAUUUGAAUUAGAAGCAUGCGUCCGUGGACCGCAUGAGCUUGCGCCAUAUCCAUUUGAGGAACCACCCGGGUCCGGCUUGGAAGGUCCUCGACCAGGGAUGGGGGGGUCGCCGUUCGUAAACAACGAGGCGAAGCAACCUGCCGAUAUCCUUGUUAUAUUAGUGAGGAAGCCCGUUGUAGGCGAUAUAUCGGGUAAAAAUGCCGACCUAGGUAAGUACAGAAUAACCCUGCCCGAAGUCCAUUAUGCGCCGGGCGACGUCAUUGUGAAUUAUCGCCAAGAAUAG